AUGAUUGGCAAAAGAGUUUGGGCGCUCGCUACCUUUGUGUCUAUCGGCGGCAUGACUUUUGGGCUCGAUACGGGCUGUAUCGGUGCAAUCACGCUCAUGCCGGACUUCAUCGACCACUUCGGGACACUCUCGCCGUUCUUGCAAGGCUUCGUCGUCGCGUCAAUCCUCCUACCAGCAAGCUUGUUCGCCGGGCUCUCCGGACCUAUCUCUGACCGUAUCUCACGCAAGAAAACCAUCAGCUUGGGUGCAGGUGUAUUUGCACUCGGAAAUGCCAUGCAAUGCGCCGGACCCAACCUAGCCGCUUUCAUCGCCGGGAGGAUCCUGGCAGGCGCAGGUGAAGGGCUCUUCCUGAGCUCGUUGACCGUAUACGCACUCGAAAUCAGCCCGACCUCGAUCAGAGGUCGAGUGGCAGCUAUUGUCCAGCUUCAGAUCGUCGUCGGCGUCUUAGUCGGCUAUCUGACAGCCUUUGGAUCGAUUCGCUUCACGGGCAAGAUAGCCUCGCUCUCUUGGCGGCUGCCCUUUGCGCUUCAGAUUUUAUUAUCGCUAGCGCUCUGUAUAGGCUCACCCUUUAUUCCCUAUUCACCUCGUUGGCUAAACGACAAAGGACGCAAGGAAGAGGCUUCGGCCGUACUGGAUUGGCUGCACUAUGACCUACCCUCAGCGGAGGCAGAAAAGGCAGAGAUAAUGGCCGCCAGUGCCUCUGCAAGUCACAAAGGUAGCGCGAGCCUCAGGGAACUCUUUGUGCCCGGCGCUCGGGGGCCACUCGCACUCGGGGUCGGCCUCAUGGCUGCGCAACAGCUUUCAGGCAUCGAUGCUGUGCUCUACUUCAGCCCCUUGCUCUUCAGGAAUGCAGGACUCACCGGGCCGACUGCAUCUGUGCUGGCGGGUGGGGCCACUGCUGCCGUCAAUCUCGUCAUGUCCAUCAUCGCACAGGCGUUUAUGGACCGCAUUGGCCGUCGGACGCUCAUUCUCGCCGGAGGAUCUCUGAUAACGCUAGAGAUGGCCCUCAUAGGCGCUCUCUAUUCCAGUCGAACGGACAGCAAAGCGGCGCUCUGGACUAUCGUCGCCCUCAUCAUAUGCUUCACUGCGACAUUCGCAUCGACAUGGGCAGUCUCCAUCAAGAUCUACUCGAGCGAGAUCCAGCCAGCUCGCACACGGGCAGCAGCCACCUCGAUGGCACAGGCUGCCAAUCAGCUCGUCAAUUUUGGCGUGGCACUCAUCACGCCACAGUUUCUUGCAGCUUCACGCUCGGGACCUUAUUGGUUCUUCGCCGCUUGCACGUUGCUAGCGACUGUCAUCGCAUGGGCAGUGAUGCCAGAAUUGCGCGGCUUAUCGCUUGAGUCGGCAUCUAAAGCUUUUGAGGACCGUUUGGUCGUCUUUAGAAAGAAACGAGAAAGGAUCAUCUCAUAUUUAACAAGACAACCUAUUACGGCCUCUUGCAGUCCUCGGCCGUCGAUCGAGCUUGCGGCUCUCAAUCAGAGUAGCGCAAACAUGAGCCAGAGUCCCAGCACGAUCAAAAGUACUGGCGUCGCAAGCUCGGCUACGUCAAUUGUUGAAGCCUGA